CUCUAUGCUCAGUCACUAAUGGCGUGUCUUCCUGUUACACACGUUAAAUCGUCAAAAUGGCUAAGAAAAAAGGCGACGAAAAAGUGAACCAAACACCUCAUAGUGAUAAUGAGGAGGCCAAUUUUGACGAGGAGCCCGAUUUCGAGGAUCCAGAGGGUUUCGUUGACGAUAUUCCCGAUGAAGAGUUGCUGGCCGACCUUUUAGAGCAGAAACCGAAGGAAUCUGACAGUUAUGAGAACGUGGUCGUGGUCGAUGGGUGCCCGCAGGUCGGGCCCGAGCGCCUGGAGAAGCUCCAGAGCGUCAUAAACAAGAUAUUCAGCAAGUUCGGCAAGAUCGUCAACGAGUAUUACCCAACCAGCGAGAAUGGAAUGACCACUGGUUACAUUUUCCUGGAGUACAGCAACCCUCAGAACGCCGCCGAAGCCGUAAAGGCAACAAAUAACUGUAAAUUAGAUAAGCAGCACACAUUCUUGGUGAAUUUGUUCACUGAUUUUAAGAAAUAUUCAGACAUCCCUAAAGAAUGGGAGCCCCCAGCACCUCAGCCGUUCAAGGUCCAAUCCGACUUACAAUGGUACCUGAUGGACCCGGAUGCCUACGAUCAGUUCCUGGUCGGUAUUGGUACCGGUGUUGCACUCCAAGUUUGGCAGAAUGCCCUUCCUGAGCCUACACUUAUGCAGGAGAGGCCGAAUUGGACAGAGACCUAUGCAGUGUGGUCACCGCUGGGUACCUACCUAGCAACGUUCCACUGGAGGGGCGUGGCCCUAUGGGCUGGCCCCAAGUUCUCCCAGUUCCAGAAGUUCUUCCACCCGGAAGCUCGGUUCAUCUCCUUCUCACCGUGUGAAAACUAUGUAGUUACGUUCUCACCUACUGGUGACAGGGGUGAAGAUAAGAAACUCAUUAUUUGGGAUAUCAGGACAGGCCAAGAGAAGCGUAGUUUCCCGCCCCCGGAGGAAUACGUGACGUGGCCAGUGUUCCGCUGGAGCAAGGACGACCGGUACUUCGCGAGGCUCGGCCAGGAUGUGCUCUCUGUAUACGAGACACCCAGCUUCGGGCUGCUCGACAAGAAGUCUAUCAAGAUACCUGGAAUUAGAGACUUCAGCUGGUCGCCGACUGACAACAUCGUAGCGUAUUGGGUGGCGGAAGACAAAGACGUACCCGCAAGAGUUACCCUCCUUGAACUCCCCAACCGUACCGAAAUACGUUCCAAGAACUUGUUCUCCGUCGCCGACUGCAAGAUCCACUGGCAGAAGAGCGGAGACUACCUCUGUGUCAAAGUAGACCGCUACUCCAAAGUCAAGAAGGACAAGAACGAAAUCAAGUACUCCGGAAUGUACUACAACUUUGAAAUAUUCCACAUGAGAGAGAAGGAAAUCCCUGUUGACUCUGUAGAAAUUAAGGAACCCAUUCAAGCGUUUGCUUGGGAGCCUGUAGGUUCUAAGUUCGCCAUCAUCCAUGGUGACCCUGCUAACAUCUGUAUUAGUUUCUACCAAGUGAACACUGGUCAGGCCCCGACUUUGUUGAAGAAGUUCGAGAGGCAGCCAUUCAAUCACUUGUUCUGGUCUCCAUCGGGACAGUUCAUCGUGUUGGCUAACCUUGGGCUGACUGGUGGCGCUCUGGAGUUCUUGGACACCAAUGAUUUCACUAUCAUGAAUGUUUCUGACCAUUACCAGAUGUCUGGUAUUGAAUGGGACCCGACCGGCCGCUUCGUGGUGACUGGUGUGUCCUCUCUCAAGAGCAAGAUCGAUACUGGUUACUACAUCUGGUCAUUCCAGGGCAAGAUAUUAAGAAGAGUAAUGAAGGAAGGUUUCGCGCAAUUCAACUGGCGGCCCAGGCCCCCGACGUUGUUGUCCGAGAAACAACAGAAGGACAUCAAGAAGAACCUCAAGAAAUAUUACUCACAGUUCGAGUCUAAGGAUCGCAUGCGCAGUAGCAAAGCUAGCAAGGAAUUGGUAGCCAAGCGCACUGAGCAGAUGAAGAAGCACAUGGAGUACCGCGAGGCCAAGUUGCAGGAGUGGAACGAGCAGAAGCCGCGCCGGCUUGAGCUCAGGAAUUAUGUUGACACUGACGGUAUUGACACCGACACAACAACGACGGUAGAAGAAGUAGUAGAAUUUUUCGUGAAAGAGGAACAAACGGUCAUCGAGUAGUCACCAUUCCGCUCAAACGUUAGAGGUCGGCGUGCGAACUCCGACCUCCUUCGAAGUCCGGCGAACGGAUUCACAUUUUUAAUAAACCAACCACAGACUAUAAAGUUUUUUUAUACCUUCAUCCCGCUAAAGUCACAAAAGCAUUUUAUACGCGACAGUUGCAUUAUGUUCAGUGUAAGAUUUCGGUUUAUAAAUUAUACAAUAGGUAAUGUUUAUAGAAAUCAUAUUAAAUUGAUAUGUUUCAAAUGGAAAACGGCCUUUUAAUACCUGUUUGUAUUUUAUUUUGUUACAUUUAUUUAUAAGAUGAUGGUAUGAAAUAAACUUUUGAUAAACAUCCGAAAA